GCAACAAAGAUGAUAUAUCAUGCUCCUACGUCAGCUUGGGCUCUGGCAUCUAACCCGUAACAGCAGCCUUCCUCCUCUACCAUGGCGCCCAAGAACGAUAUCCCGGCCUAUGUCCUAGGUGUUGGCCUCACCAAUUUCAUCAAGCCGCGGAAGCAGCGCUUCUAUCCUGAGAUGGGAUAUGAGGCAGGUGUGAAGGCUAUGUUGGAUGCUCAGAUCAACUACGACGAUGUCGAGACGGGCAUUGCGUGUUACUGCUAUGGCGACACCACCAGUGGGCAGCGCAUCUUCUAUCAAUUUGGAAUGAGCCAAAUCCCCAUAUACAACACGAACAACGCAUGUGCCACUGGUUCCACCGGUCUGCACAUGGCACGCACCCUGAUCAAGAACGGCGCAAUCGACUGCGCGCUUGUCAUCGGUUUUGAGCAGAUGAAUCCCGGCUCCAUCAAGUCCGUCUGGGGCGAUCGUCCCUCUCCCAUGGGCCUCUCCAUGCGUAUGAUGGCCGAUACUCGCGGUAUCACCGACUCUCCGCCCAACGCCCAGUACUUCGCCAACGCCGGAAGGGAGUACAUGGAGAAAUACGGCGCCGAGGCCCGCGACUUUGCAGAGAUAGCCCGCAUCAGCCACGAGCAUUCCCAGCGGAACCCCUAUGCGCAGUUCCAGCAGAAGUACACGCUGGAGGAAAUCGAGAAGUCGCCCAUGAUCCACUAUCCCCUGACCAAGCUGCAAUGCUCUCCCACCUCGGACGGUGCCGCUGCCGCCGUCAUCGUCUCCCAGAAGUUCCUCGAUGAGCGGCCUCACCUAAAGAGCCAGGCUAUCCUUAUAGCCGGCCAGACUCUCUUCACCGACUCUCCACAGCUCUACUCCAAGAGCAGCAUGGACCUCGUCGGUUUCGACAUGACCAGGCGUGCGGCGCAGGCUGCCUACAAGGAGGCCGGCGUAAGCCCAAAGGACAUCAAAGUGUGCGAGAUGCACGACUGUUUCUCUGCAAACGAGUUAAUCGUCCUGGACGGUCUGGGCUUCUGCGAGCCCGGAAAGGCCCACGAGAUGGUUCGCCGCGGCGACAUCACGUAUGGCGGAAAGGGUCCCGUUGUCAACCCGUCAGGAGGUCUCAUCUCUAAGGGCCAUCCCCUCGGCGCCACUGGUCUUGCUCAGUGCGCGGAGCUGACCUGGCAGCUUCGUGGCUGGGCGAAUAACAGGCUCGUGGAUGCAGACGUCGCUUUGCAGCACAAUCUUGGCCUCGGUGGCGCCGUUGUCAUUACAAUUUAUAAGCGUGCCGAUGGAGGUAUGAAUAGGAAGCUCAGUGAUGAGGAGGUUGUCCAGUCUAGCCAGUUCUCAUACAAUCCCGCUACCGAGGCGAGAUAUGUGACCAAGGAGGAGGGAGAGAAGGUGCGGAGCAGGAAAGCGAGAAAUGAUUAUGCGCUGGGUGAUACCCUGGAGAAGUUGCAGAGUCGGUUGUAGGCUAGUGAUGUUGGAGUACCCUACGCUAAAUGCGAGUGGUAAACUGUAUAUUUGAGAAUCUUUCUUGGUUCGCACGUCCUGACCAUAAUUAUAAAACCGUCACAGCGAACUUAUCAUGCACCUGAAACUAUGCGAGACAGGUUAAAGAGAUAAUGAAACAAGUGUUGGAUGUUUAAGAGAAGUAAUUCAGGAGAACGGGAGCAAGCGAGACUGGAAGGCUAAAACACUCUAGGCUCCGGAAUAAACCAAUCAGCUGUACCGAUACGCGGGC